AUGAAUCUCGAAAGCGACCCAAAGGUUGGAGCCCUGGAGAAAGCGACUUGCACUCAAUCGCAUUCUGUUGGACUAAUGACAGGUCAGAAGGUCGACAAGCUCGCUCGCAUCCGAGAGAACCAACGAAGGAGCCGAGCAAGGAAGCAGGAGCAUAUUCGCGACUUGGAGCAGAAGCUGGCCUGUCUUCAAGAACAAGCACACAAGAAAGAUGUCGAGCAUAGAUUGGCCGUACAAAGACUCGAAAUGGAGAAUAAAAAGUUGAGGUACCUGCUAUCUUGCUCAGGGAUGCCACCUCAUACUGUCGACGAAUAUCUGCGAACGGGUGAUGAUUUUACCGUGACCCAAAAGGUUGCGAUACCGGCUCUUCGACGGUCGGAGUUCCAAUCGGAACCCUUGCAUCAGGAGACGAAGUGUUCGCGUCCAUGCGGAGGCAUAUCAUCCAACACUGUCGGUGAAUUGCAAAACGGCAAUGGUCGUCUCGAAACCCAGAAAGUUGCAAUACCGGCGUCUCGACUACCUGAGGUCCAGCCCGAAACUCAGUGCCGGGAGCAAAAAUGCUCGCGCCCAUGCUCAAGCAUACCCCCUCAGAUUGUUGAGGAGAACCUGCGGUCUAGCUACGAUCCUGUAAUGACCCAGAAAGUUGUGUUACCGGCUCUUCAACGGCCAGAAAUCCAGCCUGGAGCUCGUUGCCAGGAGACAAAGCCUUUUCUCCCUUGCUCACCAUCGCGGGAUAGGUCUGAAAGGGACACCAGUCCUGCCGAAACGCAAAAUCAACUUGUCGCUAAAGACGAACCGCCAAACACGCCCGAGGCCCUAGAAAAGACUAUAUCUCAAGAGUCUGGAGAGUCAUCAGAACGCCCUCGACCGAUUCCACUCUGCGACUGCUCAUCUGGAGACAACGACGCAGAGUGUUUUCCUAAUAAUGGAGACGUCCUCAAUACUACUCUCUGCGCAAUAGCGGAUGAACUGAUUCAUCAAUACAAUACUCGCGGCAUGGACAUCAUGGAAAUUCGGAAGAAGCUAUGGGCUGGCUUCUCCAAAGGCCUCACAUCAGAAGAAGGGUGUAGAGUACAGAAUCAGAUUUUGUUUCAGGUUCUGGACGAAAUUAGCAACCACUGA